AUGGAAAGUCCCGAGUUAACGUUCACUUUAGCCUACACAGUUUUAUCUCUCUGCUUCGUAUUUACGCCAAAUGAGUUUCGUUCGGCGGGGUUGACUAUCCAAAACCUGUUUUCCUCAUGGUUGGGCAGUGAAGACAUGGAUUUCAUACACUACCACAUCAAGAGGAGUAGCACUACUCUACUGGUCCACUGCGCGCUGCCAAUCGGUUACUUCAUGGGGAUGUGUAUUGCUGCUCCAGAGAAACACCUGAGAUACAUUCACCAGAUGAGUGACACUUGGAAGGUGUUUUUCAUCCUCUCUUUGUGCCUCCUGUUGGCCAGCUAUAUACUUAUCAUCUUCUGGUCACGCCGACACUGGCACAACCAUCCUAUCAGCAGAGCUCUACAGGCUCAUGUCCAGCCUCCUCAUUCAAACUGGCGCUCAGUGGCCAGCCACAUCAACACAGAGUUCAGACGCAUAGACAAGUUUGCUACAGGAGUACCCGGAGCCAGGGUCAUUGUCACGGACAGCUGGGUGUUAAAGGUGACCACCUACCACGUCUACAUGGCCGCACAGAGGGACUGUCAUGUGACUGUGACCGAGUCCAGGCAGCACCAGCUAAAUCCCGACUCUGCCUCUCCCAUACAGCUGCUCACCCUCAGAGUGCAUAGCAUCAAUCCUGCUGUUAGACCAUUUGACAUAAGAUUGAACUCAACGGAGUAUGCCGAGCUCAGGGAGAAGCUCCACGUUCCCAUCCGAAACUCUGCUAAUGUAGUUAUUCGCCAAACAAUUAGUGAGCUUUUCCUGGAAACGUUCCAAGCUCACGUGAACCUCAACCAAUCCUACUCGCUCCCCAGUGGACAGGAGGUGGAGCCGUGUAUUGGCUGCAUGCAGAUGCCAGCAAACACCAAACUGGUCAGACUCUGUCAUGUAGAUGGAGCUGACGUUGAGACUGAGUGCGAGCAGUGUUUCUGCAGACCUAUGUGGUGUUUGUCCUGUCUGGGUCGAUGGUUCGCCAGCCGACAAGACCAGCAAAGACCCGAGACCUGGUUGUCCAGUCGAGUCCCCUGCCCCACCUGCCGCGCCAAAUUCUGCAUACUGGAUGUUUGUGGGGUACACUGA